UUUUAAAGUGUUUAUUCACUCGCAUUCGUAAAAUGAACCAGUUCAUUCGAUUAAAAUUUUGACAGAUCGGCGGGUUGUUUUUAUUCUGCAAAAUGGCAUCUUUCGUCGCUGCGAGUCGAGCAGCUCUUAAAUUUCUCCAGCUACCAUCGAGUGGACUCCUUGCGCCGUGCCUGCAAAAUGCGGCCAUCCUCAACCAGCCGCAGGUCCGGCACCGGCGUACAAAACAUUGGGAUCCAAAGUGGAAACGAUUGCGUAAAGCAAAGGUCGUUAAGAUCGAUAUUCCAAACUUGAACGAAAAAGCCGAGGAUCUAUCGCAGGAGCAGAUGAAGACCCGCAUGAAGGAGCGAGGCAUCAUGCCACCCCGUCCGUGGCUCGAACGCCCGUUCUACAUCAGCUGCACCGGUGGUGUUUUCGAACCGUACGUUCCGCCAGAGGGCGAUGGGCGUAUGUCAUUGGUUUCACGCGAAGGCGCCAAGCAGAAGAUCGAACAGCUGGAAAAGAAAACCAAAUCUAUGAUGGCCAUUCGCAAGAUCCGCAGCUACGAUGAAGAUUUCGAACCACCGGAGUUCGCUACAUUGGCCCAGGAUCUCUACAUACAGGCACACCGGACGUUGUGCGAAAAGAACAAGUACAAGCUGCGCGAAAUCGUUACCGAGCGAGCCUAUCCGGAGCUGAUGCACAACGUGGCGGACAAGACGAUCCAUUGGCAGUUUUUGAAAUCACUUGAACCACCGCGAGUCGUCCAUGCACGCUGCACGGAUGUGAUUACGAAGGAAAACAUCUUUGCUCAGGUGACGGUACGGUUCCAUAGUCAGCAAACGCUGGCUAUCUACGAUCGCUUCGGUCGGCUGAUGCAUGGUAGCGAAACAUUGGCCAAGGAUUGCCUGGAGUAUGUGGUGUUCGAGAAACAUCUGGCCAACGAGUAUGGUGUCUGGAGGCUGCACGAAAAGAUCGUACCGGACUGGAUGCCACCAAAGGCGCCAGCAUUUAUCACCUACCGGGUGGAUGACGAGCCGGCGCCGGUGGAAACAGUGGCUGAAGAAACUAAAGAAGCCGUGCCGGUCAAUGAAAGUCCCAAAGCAGAGGUGGCAGCAACGGCAUAAAAUACGACGCUGGUUUCGUUACGCAUGGUGCAUUAUUUUUAGUCGUAAUAAAUACAUUUAUUGGAAACCU